GAGAGGGGGCACACUCACUUCCAUAGCAAGGAGGAAGAAAAGGCUCAAGCAGAUCAGGAAGAGAGGGAGGGAAAAAAAAGGGCGCAAAGAACCACCAGCAGACAGGAGCAUCACUCUGAGGUGCCCAGGUCCCUGGUAGGGGCUUCCAUUGGCUAUUGGUGUACCUCACCCAAAACAGGAGACCAAGCAGAGCAGCAAGAGCCAUAGGUUAACCCCUGGAAUCUUGGGUUGAGUUUCCUGAGAAAGGGCGUGGCACUGAUUUAAAGGCCAAAAGAAGAGACAGAAGACCAGCAGGACCGGAGACAUAUGAACCUUGCAUGUGAAGCACAUCCUGACACCUGCUCACCUUCUGUGUGCGUGUGCUAGCCUCUGUGUGUAUUGUACUGUGAGUCUUUGAGCAGGUGGGAAUUUGAUGGCACUGUGAGCAAUGCCUCUCAUGCAGCGACAGCAGGUUUACAGUAGGGGGCACAACUCCUUCCACCUCCUCCCCCUUGUACUAGCUCUCCUUUUCCUCGGAGUCCUGCCCAGCCAGGCAGCCAUCGAAAUGCCCUCCAACUGGGAACACAAAAGGCCUCCUCAGAUAACCAGGCACCCAGAUUCAGUCACCAUAUUUAGCUUUGAGGACCUGAACAUGACCUGUGAAGCAUCUGGCGUCCCUCCACCCAGUUUUAGCUGGACUAAGGAUGGACUGCCGUUUGAUCCAAGCAGUAAAACAGAGCUUGAAGUUAAGAAAAAUCCGUACUCGUUUGUUUUCCAAGCACUUCCAAGUAAUACUAGGGACCCGCCAAAGUCAUACGAAGGCAAAUACGUCUGCUUUGCUAACAAUGAGCUUGGUACUGCAGUGUCAAAGGAAGCAAUACUUCGAACCGAUGUCCCCCCUACCCUGCAGAGGGAGAAUAGAGUUUCUGUGAAGUCAGAUGAGGGAAGCAGCAUCGUGCUGAAGUGUAACCCCCCUCAGAGCUCCAUGGAGCCCAACAUUCAUUGGAUGGAUCAGAAUUUGCGCCAUAUUCAGCUGAGUAAGCGGAUGGUGGUUGGAUUGGAUGGCAACCUGUACUUUGCCCAUUUGACAAUGGAUGACAGUCGGGAUGACUACACCUGCAAUGUCCAAUACCUGGCAACACGCAUCAUUCUGAUAAAGGAGCCCAUCACUCUGAAAGUCAACCCAUCCAAUUCGGUAGUGCGGAACCGGAGACCACACAUGAUGAGGCCUACUGAAGGCGAAAGCACGUACCACGCCCUUAGGGGCCAGACUAUAAAACUCGAGUGCAUUGCUCAAGGCCUUCCAACUCCUGAAAUAACAUGGCUGAAGAAGGAAGGGGAACUUGAUGAAUCUCGGACAACCAAAUCAAUGUUUGACCGACACUUGACAAUCAAAAACAUCUCUGAAAGUGACAGUGGAGAGUACCAGUGCAUAGCCAAGAACACCCAAGGAAAUGCCAAACACACCUAUCAUCUGAAAGUAGAAGCUAAGCCAUAUUGGAAAGAGAUUCCAGAGAGUCUGAUCUAUGCCCCAGGUGAGACUGUAAGACUAAACUGUGCAGCCGAUGGCACCCCCACUCCUACUAUCAGCUGGACAAAGAAUGGGGAGAAAAUCUCAGGAAGCAACUCUGGAAAUGCAGUAAUAGCAGAAAAUGGUUCCCUGAUCCUAAACCGUGUCAACUCUGGAGACACUGCUGUCUAUCAGUGCCAGGCCUCCAACAAACAUGGCACCAUCCUCACCAAUACCCAUGUAUAUGUCAUCGAAAUCCCUCCGCAGAUUGUUACAGAGGACAGGAAACUGUACUCUGUUACUGAAGGCCAAAUUGUUUCCCUGGACUGUGAGACCUUUGGCUCUCCUAAACCCACAGUCACAUGGGAAAGAGGGGAACAGUACCUUCUUGCUGAUCCCAGAGUUAACCGGCUCACCAAUGGGGGGCUACAGAUCUUUAAUGUCAGCCACGACGAUGAAGGUUCCUACACCUGCUCAGUUCAAAAUGCCAACGUGUCAAUCACAGCUGAACUGGAGGUGUUCAACAGGACAGUGAUCCUCACACCACCCAAGGACCUGAAGGUACAGCCAGGGACCAAAGCGAUCUUCACAUGUGUGGGCCUUUAUGAUACCAAUCUGAGGCUUCCUCAAAUUCAGUGGCGAAAGAACAACCAGAAGCUGAUGGAAUCCUUCAGUGAUGAAAAAUACACAUUUGAUGGUGCAGACUUGAUAAUCGCUAACGUGGAACCAGAUGAUGAGGGCAUUUAUACCUGCCAGAUCAUCUCCUCCCUGGACCAGGCUGAAGCCAGCGCUACUCUGACUAUAUGUGACCGUCCAGACCCUCCAGGCCUCCUCCAGAUCUCUGAUCCCAAGCAUCGUGCAGUCUCUCUCAGCUGGACUCCUGGAGACGACCACAAGAGCGCUGUUUUAGAGUAUGUAAUUGAGUUUGAAGACCAAGAUUUAAAGGAGAGGGGCUGGGAAGAGCUGAAGAGAGUAGGAGGCAACCAGGAGCAUGCCGUCCUCUCCCUCUGGCCGUACAUGUCCUACCGUUUUCGGGUCACAGCCAUUAAUGAAGUAGGGAAAAGUGACCCUAGCAAGCCCUCUGAAAUCCACAGCACACCAGCUGAAGCUCCGGAGAAUAACCCAGAAGAUGUCAGGAGCGACUCUAUAGACCCAGACACCCUCCUCAUCACCUGGGAGAAAAUGGACAAACGUAACUUCAAUGGACCUGAUUUCAAGUACAAGGUACAGUGGAGGCGUGUACUGGGCAGCGGACCAAAGUGGCAGGAGAGAGAGACAACCGAGCCUCCAGUCAUCGUUCCUGACGUUGGCAAUUUUUCCGCUUUUGAGAUAAAAGUUCAGGCCAUUAAUGCGAAUGGUGAUGGACCGGAGCCAGACCCUGUUAUUGGCUACUCAGGGGAGGAUGUUCCCCUGGAAGCUCCAAUGGAUGUGGGAGUCGCAGUACUUAACAGCACUACGAUCAGAGUGACCUGGGCAGCUAUAGACAGAAACACAGUCAGAGGACACCUGCUGGGAUAUAAGGUACACCUCACCAGAAAGGGCUCCAGGGGUCACCACCGUGGCCGGAGAUCCAGGGAGGCUGAGAGCACUGUGGUAGAGGAGACUGGUCCUAAUGAAGAAACAAAGCUGAUCAGUAAACUUAGACCAUACUCCCGCUACCUCCUGUCCGUCGCCGUUUUCAACAAAAGGGGGGAAGGACCCCACUCUGAGCCGCUGCCCUUCAACACUGAGGAGGGAGUACCCAGUCCUCCCACAUCCCUGCUCCUUGACAGCCCAUCAGAAACAGAAAUGGCCCUUCACUGGAUGCCUCCGGCCCACCCAAAUGGUAUACUGACAGGAUACCUGCUGCAGUACCAGCGAAUUACAGAGAGCGAUGACAGCCCCUUACAGAAGGAUGAGAUAGACAACCCCACAGCCACCCACUAUACCCUGAAAGGUCUGGACCGACACAGCCAGUAUCGCUUCUUUCUGAGGGGGCUCACUAAAGCUGGGAAGGGAGAGCCCAUCAUUAUGACGGGCGCCACCACACUAGAUGGAGUGCCUCCCUCGGAUAUAAGCCUAUCUGUGGGAGAAAACUCUGUAAAUGUGAGCUGGGAAGCCAAGAGGAGACACAGAAAUGUGGGUUUCUACAUCCACUACCUCAAAAAGAAUGGUGGUGUAAACUGGAAAAAGUCGGAGAAGGUGAACUCUUCUCAGACUUUUUACCAGCUUCGGGGCCUGAAUCCUGGCUCUGAUUAUCUUCUGCGCUUCUUCUAUGGAAACGCAUCAUUCUGGGAGACUGACAUUAAGACAGAGGGAACAGAAAUGACAGAGGUGCAGGCGAGCAUUGCAACGCAGGGCUGGUUUAUUGGUGUUGUGAGUGCCCUUGUGUUGCUGUUGUUAAUACUACUCAUCCUCUGCUUCAUCAAGAGGAGUAAAGGAGGGAAAUACUCAGUGAAAGAUAAAGAGGAUGGUCCAAUGGACUCAGAAGCAAGACCGAUGAAAGAGGAAACAUUUGGAGAGUACAGAUCUCUGGAAAGUGAUCUUGAAGAGAAGCAAACCGCCAGCCAGCCGUCUUUGUGUGAGGACAACAAGAUGUGCAGCGAGGACACCCUGAACUUUGGCAGCAGUGCUCUCACCACAGAGCUCAACCUGGAUGAAUCUUUGGCUAGCCAGAUCAGUCGUCCGAGUGAAGGUCCAGAAGGAUUCCGUGGCGUGCCGGACAACUCCCCACUGAAUCCCACUACCAUGGCCCCAACCACUAAUGGCAUGCCCAAUUCAAUCACCAUCCUUGAUUAACUCCCACCAGAGACCAUCAGACCAAAAUGUCAACACGUAUGUGCCCAUACUGUCCUGUUCCCCUUCUGACUUGCUGAUGUUUAUUUUAAGGUCCAGUGCACAAUCAUAUACAGACUUUUUAUAUGCCCUCUGGCAGUCAUCCGAAUGAUUAGACAUUUGUGACCAAAGGAGAGUCCAAAGUAGUGGACCAUGUGACACCAAUCGUUCCAUCCAACUUUUUUGAAUAGCUUACAGUUAAUUCAAACAGCUUUUGUUUAUUCGAACCCUUUUCCUCUUUUUACUUUAAACAACAGAAACAUAUAGACAGAAUGUUGCAUAUCAUGAAAUAUCAGGGGUUCGAGGUGUGGUCACAUAGAGAUGCAGAAAAGUGCAUUAAGUAAAUGUGGAGGAUAAUGAUGGAGCACAGCGUGGGGAAACAGACAGCAUACAGUACCUUGUAAAAAUAUUUACAACCCUUGAAUUUUAAAAUCCAUCCUGUUUUAACUACAAACAUGUAUUGUAAACAAACAUUUUGUACAGAACAAUAUGUUCAUCACAUAAUUAUGGAGGGAAAGGACUUUUUGUAUACAAAUCAGAAAAGCAUGACUUGCAUAUCAACAGGCUAUAUGCCUAACUUCACUAGUUCCUAAACUUUCAUCACUGGACAUGCUACCUCGGUAACUAUGACGCAGCUGGAUUGAUCAGUAUGUCUAGUAAUAAAAGACAUGGAACAAAGGAGCUGGUCAAAGUUCAGAAAAUAGUGAAGCUGGGUAUAUUUCCCAUUAAGCCCUCAUAUAAAAAUACUUUAAAUAACCAUCGCUGGCAACUACGGCUACAAGUUAUUUGGGACUUUGUCAAUUUUUAAUAAUUCUUUUUUAGUAAAAUACCCCAAACUCGUUCUGAUGCGGUGCAGAGCAUUUCUGUUGACCCUUACACCUGGGUGCAUUUUAAAAACCAAUCCGACUAACAGUCAUGCUGUUGGAGGAAACUGGAGUACCCAGAGAAAAUUCAUGCAUGUGCAGGGAGAACAUACAAACUCUAUGAAGAAAGACCGUUGACAGGGUUCAAACCCACAACAUCUUGCUUCAAGGCAACAGUGCUACAAAGUGGCACAAUGCCGCCCACACUAAACACAGAUUUUUUUAAUCUUAUGUUAUACUUUGAUUUGAUUUAGAUCUAGACUUUGACUAUCCCAUUCUGAAAAAAAAAAAAAAAGUUAAUUGAAAUGAACCAUUCUAUUGUAGUGGCAGUUUAGAGCAUUGUCCUGUUUGAAGGGGAACAUCUUACUAGGUCUUAACUAUUUUGUAGCCUCCUACUGGUUUUAUCUUUUCAGGUUUGUUCUCAAUUUAUUUCAAUCCACCUUCCUAUCAGCUUUAACCAACUUUUUUCCCUGCUGAAAAAAACAUCAUGACAGCAUGAUGCUGCCCUCACAUUGUGUCACAAUGGGAAUUGUGUGUUAAUUUUCAUGGGCAUUAAAGGUUCCUCUUCAUGCAUAGAGUUUUGCAGAUAUAAAAAAAAGUUACAUUUGGUUUUCAUCUGACCAGAGCACUUUGUUUCUACAUGUUUGUUGUGUCCGGCACAUAAAUUGUGGCAAACUUCGGCUUUCCUUAAUGGAGCAUAGUCACAUUAUAUGACAUUUUAAAAACAUUUUACUGGGGAAAUCGGAUUUUAAUUAUUUUAAUUGGCAUGCAUUCCAAUGACAAGGUUUUAGCUUAUAACCUAUUUAUUUAUUUGAGAUAUUUUUUACCUUGCUCUGUCUUUUCCGUUGCUGUUAUAGUAGAAGGCUUAGGGAAGAAUUCAGUUGUACAUAAAGUUGCUGUACAUCAGGUAAUUUAAUGAAUCUCUGUGCUUCUCUGACCAUGCCAAGCUAUUCUUUUACAGUAAGACAUUGCAGGAGGGUUGGGCUCUAUUACGCUGGGCUCACACUGGCAGCUGCGGUGUAGCUGUGGUGCGGGUGGCGCAAGGAACCCAAAUAAUUCAAAUUGAUGCAGUCUGGGUGCGGUUACCAAAGCCGUGCAGAUCAACAAAGUCUUUCUGCAAAAACGUAGCUUGGCCAGACAUCCUAGGGGUCUCUUCAUCAAGCUCCUGCAUUGCAUUUGAGUAGCCAAAACAAAAAAGGCAAAACAAAAAAAAAGUUUUGCCCGAAAACUCCAAGAAACAGGGUACACCCAUGAGUACCAGUUUCUGCAGCUGGAGCUGCAGCUGGGACAGCCUAGUUAUAAUGUUCAGUGUCAGUGACUUUCUGAGGCAUACCAGCACCACAGCUGUACUGCAUUCAGUGUAAAAGCACGCUUUUAAGUAGUUGCGUCAAUCACCACCUGCCUUUUUUAUAGUUCACUGUGCUUCCCGGAAGAUGGCGCACAUAUCUAUAUUUAUUUCUAAUCAUCAUGGCCAAUGCUGGAACUCUAUUUAAGCUAAAAAAGGACGCUCAAAACACUAUCAGGAUGGACUCUUGGCGUAUAUAAUCAUAUUUUAUCAUGAUCAAAAGUUUUUGGGUUUUUUAUUGGCAUAUAAUGUGACUAUACCUCUUUGAACUACAGCUUACUGACUUCUAAAGGGGUCCGUUAGUGAAGUGUAUGAAGGUUAGCCGUCAUGUUUUAAUACUUCUAUCUGACCUGUGGAUAAAACAGCUACUUCUGUUACGAUUGGUUCAUUAACCACAUCCCUGAUCUUUACGCUUCUUGCUCUGCACGAAAGUAUCUGUUUACUAAUAUUUGACACAAACACAAGCAAUAGGGUUUAUUAAUGAAGUUUAUUCUAUUGGGUUCAUAGGAACAGAAUAAGUAAUCAGAUCUGGAAAAUAACUGAUUGCAGUUAGAAAAAAUACAAAAAGAAUCAAGGGGUUUGAAUACUUUUGCAAGUUACAGUAGAUUUAAAUCGAAAUGUUUACAUAUUAUUUUGUAUGAAAGUGUAUUUCCUGUGUUACCGAAUGCAUCAGAUUGUUCUUUCUGAUAAUAUUUGACAUCUUUUAUAACUGUGACGGAACACAAAAUUGUUCUUUUCUUUGGUAUUUUUAUUUGUAAUUAUUUUCAAAUUUACUUAAAGGUCCUGACCUGUCAUGGCAUUUUAUGAGUUGUGUUUGUGUUUUUUUUUUAAAUCAAUGCAUACAGUCAGGUUUCAGUGUAAUACCUGCUGUGUAAAAAUGUUGAGUAGCACCUGAUGUACAUAGCUGCAUCUGCAUUUAUCUAUUCAGCCAUAAUACAGUAUUAUAGAUAUGUAAAUGCUUCAUAUAAGUUCCUGUGCCUGCUGGGUCUGCAUAAAGCGCCAGAUUGAUGUCAUCACAGUCUCGCCUUCCCACUAACAAGUGUAAUGUCCUUUAAUUUCAUAUUGAACAGUAACAUUUUCUGUGUCGAGACCUAUGUGUAGCUUUAUGUAACUGUCUUUAUCUCUUUCUACUCUGCAUUAAACCAUAGUUGAGUUUAAUUGACAUUUCCAUACCUAUCCAUCUCAUACAGUUCAAUUUGAUUGAGAAGCAGUAUUUGUUACCUUUAUCAGACCAAGCUGGAUUUUGCAGACAGGCUUUAUGACAGCCAGAUAAUGUAUGAUAAAGGCAUAUUUACAUAAGAGAAUGUAUUCUUUUCUGGACGAGGUAAAUAUGGCAUUUCUGUUUUUUCAUUCUGAGCAACACGACUCUGAAAAGAUAGAAAUGUUUUAAGUGAUGUAGAAAGGACCAUUUUUUCACCAAAUGUAAAUAGAACCUUUCAAAGGAACCACAUUUGAUAAAAAAAAAAAUAUAAGAAAAAAGCAGUUUUCUAGCACACCCAACUUUAUUCUGAAAUGUUCUGAGUUGAUAAUUUUCUUCUCUUGUACUGUUGUUAUGAAUUCAAACAGUGUGUUUUUGACAAACGACUGCAGUAAGUCUUGGGUGUAGCGAAAUAGUUCAUAGCUGAAGAACAAAAAAGAUAAAACAAAAAAAAAAUGCCCAUUGUUCUGUAGAUGUUUGCAAACAUGUCAUUUUUUAAUAUCAAGAAAUGUGUACAUUUCGUGUCAUUUAGUGAAAGUAGAUACAUCACACUGAGAGCUAAGUUCCGAGUCAUGCACCUGAUCCUUCACCAAUGUGUUGCAGUGCAGUGAAUAUCUGUGAUGCAGUUAUGUCAGGCAGGAAUGCAGUAAGCCAACCAGUGCCCUCCCUAUUGAAAUUGAAUCUUUCCACUGGCCAAACAUAUCAUGACAGCCUCUUAGGGAGUAUAGGGGAUAUGUAAAAAUGCCAGAGGCACCAAAAGGAGGUGAUUAAACUCUCCUUGGUUUAGGUCAAACAGACACACUCAGGACAAAUAAAACUCUAUUUUCAUACAGGAGCAGCAACCUACACAAAACUUGCCAAUAUCCUAACACAACAAUGUGCUGCUGAACCUCUGUGUUUGUCAAUGUUUGGGGCAAAUGUUAUCUUUGAAUGUGGGAUGAGUGUACACACACAGAUACUCACUUGACUGCCACUCACUCUUUGCUUUUCAUGUUUCUAGAGAUAUCCAAAUGUGAUGCUGUCCUAUGCUUUAUCACUAGUCUUACUGAUUUAUUUUUUUCUUUUUAUUGCAAAACAGUUUAAUCGUUGAAAAAAAAAGAGCCGGUUGGUUUAAAUUAGGCUUCUCUAAAUUUAAAAGCUGACAGAUUAAAAUAAUGGCUGAGUGGAGAUGAGAGGGAAAAAAAAGGUGAGAUGUGGAAGGGGAUGUUGUGUGUGCCUCUUGUUGGUGUGUUGGUUUGAGCAGUGAUGAUGCCUACAUGUACCUGGGGUGAUCGACAGUGGUUGAGAGGACAGGCACCGUGAGUGGGUCUGAUGUAACUGUAACUGCUUACUUAAUCUACCACUGUAACUGGAUAUAUGGCUGACAAAUAAAAAAACCUUGAACAAUCUGUAAUACAAAUGAUCUAUUUUUUUGUCCAUAUAAUGUAAAUUA